AUGUCUUCGGCUGCUCUGGACGCUGGAGUCGACCCGGCGAUCCACUUCGGAGGAUGGACCCGGCUCCAACGUCGGGCUUUGGUGAUGGCUGUCGGGGCGUCGGAAGCCGCCUAUGCUGAUGCGAAGGCCGCGGCGACGCCGCCUGUGAAGAAGGCGCCCGCUCGGCCACCGGUGGACGUCGCCCCGGCCAAGGCGGUGUCGCCUGCGCCGUCCACGGUGACCCAGCCGGCGUCCGAGCGCUCAGCAGGCCCAGCAGAGGAGAAGGGGGGCACGACCCACCUGGAACCAGCUGAAAGGGCUGCCCCUGCAGAAGUGGCUACCCUUGCCGCACGUUCGCGCUGCUCGCGCUUCUGUCGUGCAUUGCGGGCGCGCGCCGCUUUGGUGACGCCCUUCUUCUUUCGCAGCCCAUGGGCCACCUGGACACGGGAGCACGCCGAGGCGGCGGCGGCGGCCAUGAACUACGUGUCGGCCCUGGCGUUCUAUGCUGCCAUGGGGCGGGGCGAGCUGCAG